AGCAUACAUCACACACAAACUUCACUCCAAAACCAACACACUCAUGGAGGCUUUACACCUCACCAUUCUCUUCCUUUUAUCAUUGACUGUGGUUCACUCACUUAACCCAAAUUGUGGCUUACCUAGCCAAGGGUCAACCCUUAGGGUCUACCAUGUGUCUAGCCCAUGUUCACCAUUUAGGCCAAAGACCACACUCUCAUGGGAGGAGAGUGUACUCCAAAUGCAGGCGGACGACAAGACCAGACUUAUCUAUUUGACAAGUCUGGUCGCUGGACGGUCUUUCGUGCCCAUUGGGUCAGGCAGACAGAUCAUCCAGAGUCCUACCUACAUUGUGAAGGCUAACUUUGGGACACCGGCUCAAAGCUUGCUUAUGGCUUUGGAUACUAGCACCGAUAUGGCAUUGGUUCCUUGUGCUGGUUGCGUUGGUUGCUCAUCAUCCACCUUUGAUUCGACUAAGUCGGUUAGCUUCUCAUCACUUGCUUGUGGUGCUGACCAAUGCAAACAAGUCCAAAGCUCAAGUUGUCCGGGGACAACAUGCUCCGUGAAUAUGACAUACGGAAGCUCCUCCAUCGCGGCUAACUUGGCACAAGACAACCUAACCCUAGCCACGGACUCUGUCGUUGGUUACUCUUUUAGUUGCAUACAAAAUGUCGUUGGAGGCUCGUUCCCCCCACAAGGUGUUUUAGGCCUUGGUCGUGGCCCGUUGUCAUUCGUGUCACAAUCCAAGUCCCUUUACUCGGCCACAUUCUCAUAUUGUCUGCCUAGUUUCAAGAGUUCCAACUUUUCCGGAACCCUAAGGUUAGGUCUAAAUGGACAACCGAAAAACAUCAAGUAUACACCGUUACUUGUAAACCCUAGAAGAACUUCGCUUUACUAUGUGAACUUGAUUGGAAUCCGAGUUGGCUCCAAGGUUGUCAACAUCCCCCCGAGUGCAUUGGCUUUCAACCCAAACACCGGCGGUGGCACCAUCAUCGAUUCAGGCACCGUGUUCACGAGGCUAGUAGAUGCUGCCUACACGGCUGUGCGUGACGAGUUCAGAAGGCGAAUGGGGAAAGCCAUCGUGUCAUCACUCGGCGGCUUUGACACAUGCUACACCGUCCCCAUCGGGAAACAAGUCCCGACGAUGACCUUUAUGUUCCCAGGACUUAACAUGUCAUUACCACAAGACAACUUCCUAAUCCACAGCUCCUCCGGGUCCACCACCUGCCUCGCCAUGUCAGCGUCUCCUGCGCUCAACGUCAUUGCCAACAUGAACCAGCAGAACCACCGUGUCCUGUUCGAUAUUCCGAAUUCCAGGCUGGGUGUAUCACGUGAGAUCUGCUCGUGAGUCACGUGAGAUGUGGUUUCUUGUAUCUUGUAUCUUGUAUCUUGUCUUCAUGUUUGAGAAAUUAUGCUAAAGUUGUACUACUAUAUUAUUGUUCACUAUGAUAGUGACUUCCUUAUAUGAAGCAUCACGGGGUUUUUUAAGUGGUU